GCAAGCAAAAGCCUGUGCAGAUGUACGUCAUUGGAUAACUUAAAACUUCUGAUGUAUUUUAAAUGAAGAUAAGGGCUAAGAACUGAGUUUGGAGGUCCUCUCUAGCUACUGCUGUAUAGUAAAUCUCUGGAUUAACCAUCAUUACUUUGCAGAAGUCUGGUGAAAAUAAAGGAAAUUAUGGGGGAAGAAAUAUUUUGCUCAGUCUGAUGAUGUAGUUUUGUAUCUGAUGUGGCUUCUAAAUUUGCAGUGCUCUUUACAGAUGGCUAGAGUUCACUAAUACAAGUUGAGCAUGCUAAAAUACUCCUAGCCUUAAUAAUUUGUGGUUUACAGGAAAAAAUCUUUAGAUACUUAGAGAGCAAGUUAAAGUUGUGACACUGCUUUUAGAUUUUUUUGAUAUCUUCAUAGUGUUUAGGAUUCUGUUUUCUUGGGGAGGGGGGUGUUGUGUCGUUUUGUGUGUGUGUGUUUAGUUUUGGGUUGUUGGUUUUGUGGUUUUUUUUUCCUUCAGUGUCAUAGAAGAUUAUAAAAAAGACAUUGAGAAUGAAAAAGCCUCUUUCUGGAGCAAGACGUUAGCCUUGCAAAGGAUGCAGGUUAUGGCUGCCCUGAGAGACAAAAUGAAGCAAAAUGAUAAUGACUCACAACUGAUGCUGGAAACUCUGCAAGACAUAGUAAGGCUCAGCGAGGCAGUAGCUGUAUGUCAGCAGGUAAUACGUGAAAAGGAACAGAAAGUGGCUGACAUUCAAAAGGAAAGACUUUUACUAAAAAAAGUCGGAAGACAGAAACUAAUGGAAAUCCAUGACAUGAUGAACAAACUAAAGGAGAAACAAACAACUGGGGAGGUGAAAGUGCUGGAGGAGAUGCGUAUUGCCUACCAGAAAGAGAGAAAGAUUACUUCAGUAAUUCAAAAUGUAUUGCAGUGCAUCAUACUUGGAAGCAGAGUUAACUGGGCAGAAGAUCCAUCUUUAAAGGCAGUUGUUCUACAGCUUGAAAAAAAAAUCUGAGUUGGGAGAGGUGGUCUUUAAUUUUUUUCAUAUAGUGUACAUACUCACUCUCCUGAAUUUAAUAAAUUAAUACACAUUAUGAAAACACAAUUUGACCUUUCUGGGGGUGUCUGUUCACUGAAGAGACUGAGAAUGUAGUCACACAAUUCUUUGAAGUGAAAUUUAGUUCCUGGUAUACAGUAAAUGUUUGAACAG